CAGAGACUUACCAUGUGCACAAGGAAUUGUUCAAAGUGCAUUGGGAUCACCUUGUUCCCACUGGCAGCAUGUGCCAUAGUCUCCAACAUCCUCCUGUACUUCCCCAACGGACGAGUUCUGCAGCUCAGUGAGAUAACCGAUCUGGUCUGGUUUUUCCAUGGCAUACUGGGAGCUGGGAUACUGGUUAUUUUGCCAGCAUCCAUGAUCCUGGGAGCAGGCGGAGCAGGAUGUUGCGCUAACAGAUGUGGGAUGCUGCUGUCGGUGUUCCUGGCUCUGCUGGGAUUCACGGGAGGAGUGUAUUGUGCAGUCAUCUCCUCACUGGGGCUGAUUGGGGGCCCUCUGUGCGACACGGGUGAUGGAGAAUACGUCUACCCCUUCAGGAAUGACACUCUGGAAGGCAAUUAUUUGUUCAACCAGACAACAUGGAGCAUUUGCAGAGAACCUGAAAACAUAAUCCUUUGGAAUAUUGUCCUUUUCUCUAUUCUCCUGGCCAUUGGUGUGAUUGAAGCUAUUCUUUGUUUUAUUCAAAUCAUCAGUGGACUUACUGGCUUCAUAUGUGGCACGUGUAUGAGGAAAAGAAAGGCAAAUAUUUCUGGAAUGUGAAUGAUCUACAGGGAAUGCCAGGACAAGCCCCGAGCUGCCGAUUCACAUACAAUAAGGAUAGUGCACUGUGCUGUAUUUAUGGGG